AUGCAGUUGAUGGCGAAUUUUGCUUUGGUUCUGUCUCUCUUGUGCUGUGGCCUGACUUCUGUUGAAAGUGCCAAACAGGUAUAUGUGUCAAGUGUCAACAUAUUUCAUAGAAACUCUAGCUUAACUUUGUGAGUGAAAUUUAUCCGGUUUACUGGUUGUGGUGGCGGUUAGUACAUCAUGACCAUUCAGUUGACCUCCGGAAAGUACAGAGUUUAGAACAGAUAGAGCUAUAUUCCAUUAUCUGCCGAUGACUUUAUAAAUAAAGUAAAAAACAAAAUCGAAGUUCCAUUCUCAAACUCAAACUUAAGGCUCUUUUCUACUCAUCGCAAUAACCCUCACAAGUGCAUGGUGAUUGGAUUGACUCACUCGCAGCGAGUUUGCAAGUUGACUCCUGCAAUGAAUGGAAAAGGGGCUUUACGUAUAAUGCUUUGUCUCCUUGUAGCUGUCUUGUAACUUGUAUUUCAUAAUAUAGAUGUAGACCUACAUCGUAUGUAAAGUUAAUAUAAGUUUCUUAGCUUUCCUGUAGAGAACCAUUGAACCAAUAAGGAACGGUCCUUACUGGACCUCAAGACAAAAUUUAAUAUGAUUGAUGAAUAAUUAAUUCUUCACUCUAGCGUGUUCCAGCGUUGAAUAGUGUCGACCCUGGUUCGUGUGGCGAGCCAACUCAUGGUGAGGAAGUCUUAAUCAAAGGCAGAACUGACGAAGAAAUAAUUGUGAUUUGUGUCCAAAAUAAAGAAGGCGUUUACCAAUGGAAACCCACGGAUGGUAAGCCAACAGAUUUAAGCAAAAUCGCCAUAAAUUUUGGACAUAUUUUAUAUCCUAAAUAGGACAUGAUCAAUCCUUCAUCCAGAGUCCUAAGAUUUCAACAAAACUUUAUCAAGUCCCAGGACGUGAUCAAACCCUUGUAUAGAGCAAGGGGUUCGUCAUGAUUAAACCUUAGGAUUUCAUCAAACAUAAAGAAAAAUUAAAUGUGACAUUCUAUUCUUCAAGGUUCAGAGAACACAGUCGGUGAAUUUUUCAACCCUGGCCGUAAUUGCUCUGAUAUUUUGGACAAACUUGAAGACGCUAAAGAUGGAUAUUACUGGAUCACUUUAAAACAUUCAAAACCCAUAAAGGUUGGAAUUUUCAUUCGCUUUCUUAGUUUUCUUCUCACAAAUUUGUUGUUCUAUGUCCCACGUGCGUAAUACAAAUUAACACAAAAUUUGCAAAUUUCACAGGGCUAUAUUUUCCGCAUUUUACAACAUUUCGCAACCAAACUUUGCAAUCUUACUAAUUUUAACAUGCUCUUUCUAGCUGUGUCAUGGAUUUUGUUCUUCUUUCCUAGAUCAAAAUUUAGUCUGUAGCUGGAAGCCUGGAAUCAUCCAUUGAAUGCCAUGCUAUUUUUGUUUACCAAAGAAAUUUUAACCAUGCAUGCAUGUGUUUUAUUUUCCACUUUUUCCAGUUUAAAUUUGAUCUUCUCGCUAGGUCUACUGUGAUAUGACAACAGACGGUGGAGGUUUCAUGUUGGUUGGCCGCAAAACUAAUUCCAUCACGUGGACAGUUCCAUCCAAUGGCAUGACGGUUAAACCGGAUGGUAAACCUCAUUGGUCGAGCUCUCUGGGCGAUGCACCAAUCCUGGACUUCAGAAUACAGAUGGCGACUCGGAAUAGUUUUAAAACUACAAAGGCACACUGGUAGGUUUCAAGUGGUUCAAAUCAAGCUUUGCAAGUCAGUUUAAUUUAAACAUUAUAGGAACUUUCCUUACACCAUCCGAACAAAAACUUCCUAAAGCCCAUUUUCCACUAGACCAAUCACAGAAGGCCCAUAACCUAAGUUGGUCAAAGACCGAUAACACUUUGAAUAUCUAUAACAUUUAAACAUUUGCACCCCCCCCUGGCACCCCAAGAUCAGGUCAACAGGGGUGCACACCCCUGUCCACCCCCACCCCUAUAAAUCCACCACUGAGUAAGGAUACAAAAUACAACUGAAUCCGAUCCUUGAAGAAUUAAAGCUAAUUUAAAUUGAGUCGAGAGUAGCAGGUCCAAAAUUUACUACAUUUAUCUAAUGAAAAAAAUACUGGCAAUGCAUUAGGUUCUAUAGAUUACGAUCAACACGUCCAUUGAAGCAAUUGAUGGUGAAUACUGCUGAAUGUGAUAAAAGAUCGGCUGGAAUUGGAGACAUCGCCUACGUCAAAGAUCUUCUGACUGGGAAUAUUGUUACCACAUUGUUACGAUGCUCCAAAUUUGGUUUUGAUCAUCAUUCUGUGCAGGAUGGAUAUGGAUGGGUAUGUUCCUGUGUACUAUUCACAUUGUAUGUAUUUGCAUAGUCUAUUAAGAUCAUAGAUAUCUUAUAUACACUAGAUAGUGCAUCUAAUUAUUCUGAAAUUCAAAAAUUGAAGCCGUGAUUGCAGUCUCAGGUCGUUCCCAUAAAAUGAGAGAAGAUUCGUAUGUUUUCUAUUUCUUAAACAGGGAACUUAAACAUUAAGUUAACCCUAUUCCAAAUACGUUUUUAAACUAUUCAAAUGAUGAAAGUUAUUGUUGUUUUUAAGCGUUUAUUAGCAAGUGGGAACGACCAACAUGGCCGCCAUCUAUUCAAAUGGGGGUAACCGCUGGAAUAUUCUUGGCUUCAAUUUUACUAAAAGAAAUGCGCUAUCUAGUGUAUAUAAGAUAUCUAUGAUCAAGAUCUGAUGGUCUGGAAACUACGCAGAAGUCAUUUAUGUUUUGUCUGAGUUUAUGUUAAUUUGUGUACGGUCACGGUGAUUGAGCUCAUUGUAAAGUAAAAAACAAAUUCUGAAAAGACAAGACAUCUUGAGAAUACAAUAUAUGUUUCAAAACAAGACCCAGGUUGAGACUGAAAAUUUUCGACUUUAUUUCAAAGUCAUCUUCAGACAGUCAUCUUCAUUCAUCUUCAUCAUCUUCAUCUUCUUCUUGAUCUUCAUCUUCGUCUUCUUCUUCUUGACAUUCAUCUUCAUCAUUUUGAUCUUCAUCUUCAUCUUCUUCUUGAUCUUCAUCAUCUUGAUCUUCAUCUUCGUCUUCUUCUUCUUGACGUUCGUCUUCAUCAUUUUGAUCUUCAUCUUUGUCUUCAUCUUCUUCUUGAUCUUCAUCAUCUUGAUCUUCAUCUUCGUCUUCUUCUUCUUGACGUUCAUCUUCAUCAUUUUGAUCUUCAUCUUCGUCUUCAUCUUCUCCUUCAUCUUCGUCUUCUUCUUCUUGACCUUCAUCUUCAUCAUCUUGAUCUUCAUCUUCUUCUUCUUCUUCUUGCCUUCAUCUUCAUCAUUUUCAUCUUCAUCUUCGUCUUCAUCUUCUUCUUGAUUUUCAUCAUCUUGAUCUUCACCUUCAUCUUCAGUCAUCUUCAUUCUGUACGAAGGUGACUUUGAAAUAAAGUCGAAAAUUUACAGUCUCAACCUGCGUCUUGUUUUGAGUCGUAUAUUGUACUCUCAAGAUGUCUUGUCUUUUUGGAAUUUGUGUUUUACUUUACUUUUUUAAAUUGUCGGCUGGUCGUGGUUUUUGAGCUCGUUGUAUUUUCGUGAAAUUAAGUAACCGCCCAAUAGGGAUACAGUAGCUGAGAUGAAACGUGUAACCACGAUGAAUAAUAUUUAACUAAGUUGAGACAAAGAAUUUGUGCACGGUGAGGUUCAAUUCAACAUCAAACAAAAGUCUUCUAUUUUGUAGCUUUGAAGUUUGCCAGGCUUCCAGACCAUCAUAAUAACUUGACAAACCAAGCCCGUAGCUGGCUCUCAAUUUCUGUGGGGGCACUGCAGAAAGAAUGUAACAGAGGGGUUGGCAUGAUUCUGACCCAAACCCCCCCCCCCGCCCGUCGACAACUUUUUAGGUAAAAAAAUUUCCGGACCAUUACGUUGCAAUUGCUUUCCAGGUACCCUAUCUCAAUUUUUCAUACAAAAUUUCGGUACUUAGCCCCCCCCCCCAAAAAAAAAAAACCCAACAACAUUGACAGCUAUUAGUUCUGCAAAACGUCUGCAGGGGCUAAGCCUAGCCUCCUCCGCAGGCCUCUCUACGGGUGAGAUGCCUGCGGAGGAGGCUAGGCUAAGCCCCCGGUGUAAGAUUUCUGGAGGGACUCGAGCUCCAAAGCCCCCCCCCCCCCAUGCUUUACGCUUAUGAGGUUAUUUAUUUUAGGCCACAAGCAAUCUAUUUUCAUACAAAAAUUGAGUAUGACUAUGAGCCUCAAGUAUUAAUCUUCUACGGUCGCUGUAGUACUGUAUAUCAUGGCAAAAAAUGUGGAAUAAGGGGGGGGGGCAUAAUUUUAAUUUUAUUUCCGAGUGGGGGGGCACUGCCCCCCAGGCCUCCCUCAGCUACGGGCCUGUGACAAACUAUGGUAUUUGUAUGUUUGUAAACUAUUUACAGGUUCAUGUUUAAUUUUCAGCGUAAUAUGAAUUCGUGUUUGCAAAAACCAUGUCCAAGGGGUUUUGCUUAUGAUGCAAAAGAUUGGAAAGAUGACUACGGAGGUUUUAGGUGAGACUUCAUUUUAUUCUAUUCGCCUGCGGGUUAUUACGAUAUCAUCGCUUGUAUUAACUAAAUUUUUCCCAAACAGUUUCAGUACUACAGGAAGCAUUUCUGGAAUGGAGAACAACGCAACUGCUUUUGUGGGAUGUGACAAUGGAAUAGUGAGGACUUUUACAAUUAACAUAUUCUUUACGACCAAACCUUCAUAAAUCAUGAUAAUCCUUACUGCAUCAUUACAACCCGGCAUGAUUGAUUUGAAAUUGCUUAGUAUCUGUGUCUUGACGUGAGAUAAAUGUUUAACAACAUUCCGUGUACAUGUAUGAACAACAAAACUUGUCAAAAGAAAACUUGUCAAGGAAAACUUGCUGGACCUUAUUCGUUGACUGAUUUUAAUUAAAUUCGUCAAACACCAGUAUACGUAUGUUGACCAUCUGCAAUGUGAAGAGACAUUUUUACCAAGAAUUUUUUUUUUGUAUAAUUAAUUAGUGUUGCGGUUGCUACGGUCCUGUGGGAGGCACAAAAGAUUACUGUGCUGGACAUUGUAAAGCCAUUAAUGGUGGUACACUUAGAAAGAAUGUGUUCACAUGGUUUUGGGUGAGAUCCAGUCUUCCAAAGAGACUCUGGAAGAAAUGCAUGGACUAUCAAGUGAAGAAAGAUGAUGGGAAAUUGAUCUCGUAUAAGUUGGUUGGACACAGUGUUGUUCCUGUCGAGGUAUAUGAAUAUAUCUUUUUAUCAACUCCUUGAGUUUGGACAAAACUUUUCACUGAUCAAAGUUUUGAUAAAGUCCUAUAGGACUGCAUGAUGUCUGAUUCAUUUCCCGGACUUGUAAAAAUUUUGAUCAAGCUGUAGAGUUGGAUGAGGUUUUUCAGUAUCAACUCCUAUAGAACUAGAUGACGUUUUUGUCCGAUCUGCCAGAGGCCCAGAGAGCAUUUUUCGUAACUGCUCCCGGUUGGAUCUGGCCGCUAGUCCUAGCGUUGGAUGAAGUUUGAUCAACUUUUAGGACUAAAUGAAGUUUUUAUCAAGUUUUAAAGCUAGAAGAGUUUUUUUUCCUAGGACUUAAUUAAUGAAGUUUAAUCACGUUCUAGCACUAGAUAUAGCACUGUUGCACAAAUAUUUUAAUAUUAUGCUUUUUUUAUCAAGGGUCGCUGCGGGAAAGACUUCACACUUCUGCACGAUGGGGUAAGUUGUGAUUUCGUUGACAUAGGUUUUGCCCGCCCCCCUAACCCCCUCCCCCACGUUGUGGUACCCCGCUCAGACCCCUGCUGUAACUUGCUUACCGGCCCCCCUUAAAUUUUCGGCACAUCCCCUCCAGAGCAAAAUCAGAAAAUUCGUUUAAUGGUUUAUAUAUUGAAUAAUAUUAAUCAUUAUUUUAGAUUGUAGUCGCACCAGACUCCUCUGCCGCGCAGAAAGUACCUGAAAUUGAUGGUCUACUGGAAUUUCGCAAGGACAAGCAAGAACUUCGUGUUAGAUUGAACAAAACAUGGAACGUACUGGCCCCAGAGAACAAGGUAGGACCUCAUUGGUCAGUUUAUAUCUUUCUCGAUUCACGCAGACAUGAAACUGACUCGGAGCAAACCGGGUUCAGAGUUUUAGAAUUAUGACAGUCGGUGCAUCUGUUCGGUUUAUUUGUCUGCGUAUCUGCCUAUAGGUUUAAAGUAUUUUUAUUGUUUAACCAUUUAUUUGCGUUUUUGUUUAAGAUUCUUCAAGAGACGAAAAAAACCAACAAAUUAAAUUUUGAUAGAUUGACCAAGGAACUCGUGCAAAAUUUCAACAAUGAAACCAAAAUCGUAAGUUAUCUUGGCAUAAAAAGUGGGCUCGACUCGGCUUUAGGCCUAUUGUUCUUAACAACGAGUGCGUAUAUAAUUCAGAAAUGGCCUAUUCGCUGUUUUCAUUUUAGGUUAUUGAGGAGAUGAACAAAAAAUACAAGUUGAACUUGGAUAAGAUUAACAAACUUCAGCAAAACCUGACUGAUGAAAAGAAAUUCGUAAGUUACCUCAACUUCAUAUAGUCUUGUACUCUAACUCAUAAAAUAUUUUUUCCACGUUAAUACUAAAACAGUGAAUUCACUUAGUUGCACUUUCAAAGACCUGUCCUUCAAGCUGUCAGCUUAAUUAAGUUCCUUAUCUAUGUUUUGCGAUGUGUUACUGACGCCGUGAGCAUUGCUAAUUUCAUUUUGACGCAAAUGCAGUUGCGUGCAGUGGUAUCGAGAUUUCAUUUUGUUAAAAAGAAAGAAUGUUUGCGAGUUCCAUUUUCUAAAAAUCCACAAAAAUGUGUAGACCUAUGUUAACAAUUUUUUAUUUUAUGCCAAUCCGUUUAGCUGGAAAAUUUGAUAAAGAAACAUUACAAUCGUACAGCGAAGAAAGGAAUGACUACAACACUUGCUCCUUUAACUGAGAAUCAUGAAAUUACUACAACACCCGUUAUUCCUACAACUGGUAAGUACUCAUUUUAAAUACCUUCGUAUUUUAGUAUUCAGAAUAAAAGCCGAUGAAAACGUUCCAGCCAAAGACCGAAACAGUCACGGUUUUGGAAUCUUUCUACUUCUCAAGUUUUAGAAUUAUCUACACAUAAUUCUAAUGCUUAGGGCGCUUUCCAUUAACACGACCAGACUGGUCAAAACGGUCAAAUUGUUGAAUGGAACACAAAACGUUUGGCUUUCGGACCUAUCUGACCGGAAAAUUUAGAUAAAAUUAAAAUGAGGUCCAUUUUCGCUAGAUAUCUGAGAAACAUAGACCAGAUCUUUCCAUUGAUACAGAGACAAAAAUUCGGGUCUGGCCGGUCAGGCGAUUAAAUGAAAAGCGCCCCUAGUUACUUCUAUUUUAUGUUUCUGUAAACUAGAACAAUAGUAACUAGGCGUUUAUUUAUUUUUUAUUUAUUUAACUUUGCCAACUAGGGCAGGGUCACCACAACAGCAUAUGCCAAUUACUGUGGGCCCUUUUACCUAACCCACCCUCUCAACUUUCCCUGCGGGAGGAAACCGGAGUACCCGGGGAAAACCCACGACUUUCGGCAGAGCGUUGACUUUUACUCUUUUCACAUGAGGACUGCGUUCGAGUCGCAUUGAGGAAGUUUUCACUGAGGCUUGAACCUGUGGCCUUAGAGGUCGGAAAGGCAAGUGCGCUAACCACUUGGCCACCGUGAGUUGUAAAUUGGGUAGCGACAAUUGUAAACAAUCGAUUCGUUCGAUUCCUGCCUGUCAAACAUCAAUAGCGCAGUCAAUAUUGCAGGGAUGGAUUUACUGGGGGGGGGUGCGGGGGGGGGGGGGUGCACUCCCCCCCUAGCCCUGGCCACGAGGGGUGCAGGGGGGUGCUAUUUUUCAUGAUAAAGCAAAAAAUUAUCAGAGACAAAAUGAGAUUCAGUAAUUUGAGUAAUAACAUGAUGAUAAGCGAACUGUGAACAACAAUUACAAUUCAAAUACUGUAGCUAGACUUUGCAGUGGUUAAGCAAGUUGAUGGAUGUGUAAAGUCACUGGAAAGCAAUUGCAACGUACUCGUCCGGAAAAAAAUUUUUCCCUAAAAAGUUGUCGAUGGGGGGGGGGAGGUUGUUGCUUUCCGAAAAUUUUUUUUGGCGGAGCACCCCCCCUACCAGACCAUGCUGGAUCCAUCCCUGCAAUUUUGCAUGUAAACUCAAGUGCUAUAUAUCAAAAUCUAAGUUAGUCCUUUCUAAGGCUUUUAUAAAAAUCAAACAGUGUCCAGUUUUUUGGGGGGACACCCGGUAUUACCCAAAUUUGUCUAUUGUACUUCCCCUGAUGGUGUCUUGAUCUAUUUUGCUUUAGUUCUUCCCCAACAUAGAGAAUGUGUGGUAUACAAAUGGCUGAACGAGAGCAACAGAAACAGGAAAUUUUCACAAAGGUACGCUGCAUAUAAUUGUGACAAGACUCUUUCCACGGGAUGGUACAGAUUUGGUGGAGGAGCCGGGAUCAAAAUGGCGACAACGUGUUCACGCACGUAUAGAUGUGGAACUAAUGCCCCAGGCUGGAUGGUUGGCGCUCAUCCUACAGUCGCUCAAGGCAAGGUGGAGAGAGAAGUAUGUUAUCAUUGGUCUAAACAUGGUUGUUGCGAAUUUUCAAAUGACAUCGAGGUGUUGAACUGUGGAAAGUUUUAUGUCUACAAACUAUACCCUGCUCCUGCUUGUUAUUUAAGAUAUUGUGGAUCAAAUAAUUGA